AUGGAGGAACAUCAAGCGCAGAAGCGCGCGACGAUCCUUGAACUUACACAAGAGAGCACGACUCUCGGGGCUUCCAAGACGAUCGAGCUCUUCCCGCUUGACGCACUGAUCAUCUUCGACGUGCACACUCUGUGUCUUCACUUGCAUCGCGCCCUCAACGUCGUGCUUGGACUGCGCGAGGCGAUGUGGGAAGAGCUAAAGGCGCUGUGCUCCCGCGAGUUUUCGGAGAGCGAUGCGCCCAUGCUUGCGCGCUCAGGUUUUUUACCGCACGAGGACACCCCUGGGCAACUAUACGCGAAGUUCAGCCGCUUGAUGGAGCAUUAUAAAAGUGACAUGCACGUGCGAAUGUCCAUAUGGCACUCGAUGGUCCACUACGGCUGGGAGUACCCGCAACGAGACGAUCAUUCUCGUGCUGAAGAGUUCGAGGCGCAGCGUCUCCGCGAGGAUAUCCUACUUGCGCGCCACAAGGCGGGCGCAGAAAAUGAGCGGGAGUCGCCAUGUCGCUCAGUCCGCAUUCUCGUCGGAGCGAAGGUCUGA